AUGCGGCCCGAGUCUGCGUCUCUCAUGGCGAGGCAGCCCGCAAUCAUUGCGCAUGUCGAGAAACGCCAAAUCGUAGAAGGGAUAAUUCCAACGUAUUACACUGUCGAUGGGCCAACGUCUGGGACCGUGGUUGGCAUUGUCCUCGGAAGUGUUCUCGGAUUUCUGUUGCUGAUAUGGCUGUUUUACUCGAUUGCGAACAUCAACAAUACACCUGGUAAUAAUGCCAUUGCGGGCGUGGAGGAGGAAAUUGUUGUGAGGCGGCCACGGAAGUCGCAUUCUGGCCAUUCUCGCCGGAGUACCCGGACCGAAGUUCGCGAAUAUAGCAGGAGUCCGCGACGUGAGCAUAUCAUUGUCGAAGAGAGGAGGCAGCCCCGUCCUCCGCGGCCAAGGAGCAUCGUUGUGGAGGAAAGACGGUCCAGGUCAAGGGUACCGGGCGAUGAUAUCGUCGAGGUCAUUGAGGAACAUGAAGACUAUCGCGAAAGGAGAGGGAGCCGAAGGUAA